UGUAUUAUGCACCCAAAUGGUGUUCUAAACGAAUUCCACUUAUUAUCACAGAGGUUCCUCUCCUCUAUCAGCACUUUCAGCAGGUGCCCUCAUUCUGCAGAUAAGGAAACUGAGGCAGGGAGAAGUUAAGUUGCUUGUCAAGGUCACACAACUCCAAAAUAGGAGAGCUGGGAUUUGAACCCAAACAGAGCAGUUGUUGGUAUGGCUUGGGCCCAGCCCUAUGUACACCUCCCCUUUCUCCCCCAUCUCUUCUCACAGUCAUUCCAACAGAACCUGGACUGUGGCAGUGCCUACUGGGCAGAGCUGGGUGACCAUCCCCCGGGAACAGUUCACCACAUCUGAUGAACUCCUUGUCUGGGUGGCCGUGGCGGGCCAGCCUCUCUGGCCCCCAGUCUUCGUGAACCUGGAGACUCAAAUGAAGCCAGGAGCCCCGCAACUGGGCCCUGACGUGGACUUUUCAGAGGAUGAUCCCCUGGAGGCCACUGUCCAAUGGUCCCCACCUGCAUGGCCACCCCAUAAGGUACUGGUCUGCCAGUUCCACUACCGAAGAUGCAAGCAGACGGCCUGGACCCUGCUGGAACCAGAACUGAAAUCCAUACCUCUGACCCCCCUUGAGAUCCAGGACCUAGAACUAGCCACUGGCUACGAGGUGUCUGGCCGCUGCCGAAUGGAGACAGAAGAGGACCUGUGGGGCGAGUGGAGCCCUAUUCUGCCCUUCCAGACACUGCCCUCUGAUGUCUGGAUAUCGGGGAACCUCUGUGGGACACAAGAUGGACAGAAAUCCCUGCUUCUGUGGAAGGCCCCCGGGUACUGUGUGCAGGUGAGCUAUAGAGUCUGGUUCCAGGCUAAAGGUCAGGACGUGAUCCUCCAGGAGACUCCCUGCUGUAGCUCCUCCAUCCCAACCCAAGCAGAGUGGGUUGCAGUGUCCGUCGUCAAUGCCACAAGCUGGGAGCAUCUCACCAACCUUUCUCUGGUCUGCCUGGGUUCAGACUCUGCCCCUCGUGGCGUGGUGGUCAGCAGCAUUGCUGGGAGCACAGACCUGCUGGUGACUUGGCAGCUGGGGUCCGGGGAGCCACAGGAGCAUGUGGUGGACUGGACUCGAGACGGGACACCCCUGGAGAACCUCAACUGGGUCCGGCUUCCCCCUGGGAACCUCAGCGCUCUGUUGCCAGGGAAUUUCAAAAAAGGGGUCCCCUACCGGAUCACAGUGACAGCAGUCUCUCCUGGGGGCUUGUACCCUGCCCCCUCAGUCUGGACGUUCAGAGAGGAACUAGCACCUUUAGUGGGACCAGCGCUUUGGAGACUCCAGGAUGCUUCCCCAGGGACCCUCACCUUAGCGUGGGGACAGGUCCCAAGGCACCAACUUCGGGGCCAUCUCACCCACUACACCUUGUGUGCGCAGAGUGGGACCAGACCUUCUGUCUGCAUGAAUGUGAGUGGCAGCACCCAGAAAAUCACCCUGCCGGACCUUCCCUCGGGGCCCUGUGAGCUGUGGAUGAUGGUAUCCACCAUCGCAGGACAGGGCCCACCUGGCCCCAGCCUCCGGCUUCACCUACCAGAUAACACCGUAAAGUUGAAAGUUCUGCCAGGUGUCCUUUUCCUGUGGGGCUUGCUCCUGAUGGGCUGUGGCGUGAGCCUAGCCAACUCUGGAAGGUGCCUCCACCUGUGGCACAAGAUACUCCCCCGUUGGGUCUGGGAGGACAUCCCCGAUCCUGCCAACAGCAAUUCCAGCCGGCCCCACGUAGAGGAGGUACCCCAGGCCCCACCCCCUGGGGACUUGCCCACCCUGGAAGUGGAAGAGAUGAAGCCGCUACCAGUUAUAGAGUCCCCCCAGGCCUCCUCCCAGCUUGAUUCUGGGUAUGAGAAACACUUCCUGCCCACACCUGAGGAGCUGGGCCUUCUGGGUUCAGUGCCCAGGCCCCAGGUUCUGGCCUGAAAUGACCCCAAGCCAGGAGACGGGGUGCUCCUUUGAGAGCUGAAGACACUGAGGCUCAGAGAUGCUGAGCCACUUGCCUAAGGAUACCCAGGCAGAAAGAGCUGAGUGAGACCGAAGGACUCCUACAGAGAAGGCCUGGCCCUAGAGGGAAUGUACGGAUGGCUGAGGGAACAAAGGAGAAUGUACGAAAUCCAAGAGUGGCAGCCACCUCCCCAAAUCUGUCCAGCUGCUGUAACAGAACUGUAGCCAAGUGCACUUGCAGCCUCCCUUGCUGCUAGGUGUGGCCACGCACGGAGUUCUCACCCUUGGAAUGUGAGCAGAAAUGACUUGUGCCAAAGCUGGGACUGGAUGGAGCUCCUCCAUAUUCUCUUUCCUUUUCCAUGAGCUGGAAAAACAUCAACAUGCCCAUAAUUUAGCUUCAGCCAGACCCAAGAGAAAGGUGAGGACAAGAAAAUGAAAGGAACUUGAGUCCCCAAGUGACUGCAUGGAUCAGAAAUAAACUUACAUUUUUAUAGUUA